UUUUAAGGACAAGCGUUUUUUAGCCUGGGAGUUCAGUAAGGGUGCGGUCAACGACCAAACAGGUUUGUUAGGUAACACGAUGUCGGCGUCACCGUACAAGCACACUGACCAAUUUCAGAUGGAUUUCAACAGCAGGUCAACUUUAGCUGAUCGUAAAAAUGAAAACAAAAGGUGGUCUUCGAGAGAGAAAUGCUUCGCCUUUCUCUUCUUUUUCUGUGCUCUUGCCAUAGCUGCGUUGGUCUUGCUAUUGAUCUUGGGGGCGGUUGGUGUGCUUGAAUUGGCCCCCUCCAGAUCGACAACUGUAUCCUCGAAAGCGCAGACGACAGUGCCACCAAAAGCAGCACCCAUGUAUUGUAUGACACGAGACUGUAUUAAAUCCGCCGAUGCAGUCUUGUCAAACAUCAACGUCUCUGUCGAUCCCUGCGAAGAUUUCCAUCACUUUGCAUGUGAUGGAUGGUUACAGAAGAACCCAAUGCCUGCCUCUCAGGGAUCGUGGACCAACUUCCAUAUAUUUGACAAGACAAUCAAGACGAGAAACUUCGAGAUUUUAAAGAGGCCACCAGAGCGGUAUUUGGUUGAAUCCUUUGAGAGGAAAGUGAAGUGGCUAUUUCAGAGUUGCAUGGACACCAAUUCCAUUGACCAACUAGGCGCCAAACCGCUUCUUGAUGCCAUUGAAAAAAUUGGAGGAUGGGCUGCGAUAGGCACGUGGGACAACAACACUUGGAGAUUUGAGGAGAGCAUGUCUACAAUCUUCAGUGAUUAUUUUGUCCAAUCUUUCCUAACAAUCUACAUGAAACCAGACGACAUGUCACCGGAAGUCAAUACUGUCAUGAUAGAUCAAGGGGGUCUGGGAUUACCAAGUGCACAAUAUUACUUUGACAACGAAACUGAGAGCCAGUAUAUAAUGGGCUACAUGAGCUAUUUAGAAAAACUAGCUCUACUGCUUGGUGCUACACAGGAAAACGCUAGAACUUUUGCGCAGGAGGUGUUUUAUUUUGAAAAGGAAUUGGCAUUUAUCUACUUUUCUCCGGCUACCCCGCAAAUGUUAGAUCCAAAUGUGCGAUACAACAACGUCACGGUUGAAGAACUCUAUCAUCUCCUUCCACAGAUUAAUUGGACCCGUCAUUUGGCCCAGAUAGACGUAGAUGUUUCCAACAAUUCUGUCGUUAUUGUCUUUAGCAAAGAAUUCUUGACCUACCUAUCAACACUGAUACAGCAGACUGAUCGAAGAGUACUAAAUCAGUAUGUUGUUAAGCUCCUGAUUGCUAGUUAUGCGGAGCAUAUGUCCAGUGAAUUCUUAAAAGCAAGACAAGAAGUCAUCAAGAUUGUAUCUGGGACUUCCCCACAAGAGCGUUGGGAGGAUUGCGUGGCGUUGGUUGGUAGCACUAUGGGGGAUGCUAUCUCCGCCUUGUACGUAAGAGAACAUUUUUCCAAAGAAUCAAAGGAAGAGGUUAAAAGCAUGGUUAUGGAAAUUUUGGAAGUGUACAAGGAAAGAAUCGACGAACUCACGUUCAUGGACGAACCAACUAGAUCAAACGCACUGGCAAAGCUGAGGGCAAUGCGAUACCAUAAGAUCGGCUUCCCAGACUAUAUGCUUAAUGACUCUUUCAUGGACUACCUAUACCUACAUCACGGCGUUAACUGCUCAAACUGCUAUUUUCAAAAUGUAGUCGACGUCUAUCGUGGGGGAUAUCUUUAUCAACAAGAAGAAUUUAAAUUACCCGUUGAUAAAGACAAAUGGCUUAGAAACCCCAUUAAUGUGAAUGCCUACUAUGCUACAACCAGUAACGAAAUGGUUAUACUCGCUGGUAUUUUGCAGCCACCAUUUUAUGCUCCUUAUUUCACAAGAGCAAUGAAGUUUGGGAGCAUUGGAAUGAUUAUAGCGCAUGAAAUAACGCAUGGUUUUGACACAAGAGGUUCCCAAUACGACAAGGAUGGUAGAUUACUAAACUGGUGGACAAGUUUGUCCAAACAAGCAUAUGAUCGAGCCACCGCAUGCGUUUCUUCUUAUUUUUCCAAUUACGAAGUUUCCGGAUUCAAGGUAAACGGGAAUCUAACAUUGACAGAAAAUAUAGCCGACAUAGGUGGCCUUCGCGUUGGUUACAUGGCCUACAAGAAGUGGGUAUCCAGAAAUGGCCCAGAAAAAAUGCUGCCAGGAGUGAACAGAACCCCAGAGGAGUUGUUUUUCAUAGCAAACUCAGCGAUAUGGUGUGAACACACGCGACCCCAAGCGGUGAGGCAGAGUAUAGCGACCGCCGUUCAUUCCCCAGGGUCGGUUAGAGCAAUGGGUCCGGCAUCCCAGGUGCAGGAAUUUGCUUCAGUUUUCAGAUGUGCUGCUGGCUCGCCCAUGAAUGCAGCUGCGAGGUGUAACGUUUUCUGAAACACGUGAGAAAUCACGGCGACAUCGGAUCCCUUACUAUGUGUAGCAGAUCGCAAUUGUUUUUGAUACAGGACUGUUUCCGAUCGCAAACAAAAACUGAUGGUAUUCACUAGAUCUUGUAUAUAAGGUUGCAUCGCUUCUAGGGUUACUGCGUCAUCAGGGCUUCAUGUUAAAAUAGAUCUUUAGAUAGUAGAAAUACUGUAAAUGAAAUCGAGGGUUUAAAAAAUAAAAGAAAAAUAGGAAUUUUACUGGUAAAGUAUUUAAAAAUAGGAAUUAUUUUAUAACAAAGGUUUCCUCUCAAUAUCCUAAAGCUAUCUCUGUCCAGAAUAUGUCAUAUUACAAAAUUAAAUACAUGUCCAUGAUUAACACGUACAAACACUGUAUCUCAGUUUAUUACAAACCUAUGCCAUCAACCAGGGCCAAAGAUUGAUAUUUCACAAGAUAUUCACAGAUAUGUCUUUAGAUAAAUAGACGAUCAUUUUGUUCUCUGUCUGGAAAUGUGGAAAAUGUUCCUAUGAUAUCUGCCACCCUGGUAGUGGGUAAUAACAAACUUAUAACUUUGCAUUAUAAGCAUAUACUACAGCUUUAUUUUCUAGUAAUAAGGUAAAAUACUCAGUACAGUAGUAAAUAACCAAAACAAAGACACUGUUAAGCCGAGCUUCUUGUUAAACCGCCAUGGUGGAAAUGCUGGGUGGGGGCUAAAUUUUUUCAGUCGAAUAAAAGAUGAAAUGAAAAUGGUACAUUUAAACGUAACAGAAUCGGUACUCUAGAAAAAGGGGUUAUAUUUUUUUAAUAUAGGGGUAAUGUCCAUAUAUUAUAUACUGAGACACGCACAAGAUGUUUUUUAAAGUAUCUAAAAAGAUAAGCAGCCACUCAUACAGCCAGUAUUACUCAAACUCCAGCGCAAAUAAGGUCGAAGAAAUAACAACACUGCUUCCGAAAAUAUAUUGCAGGCAUAUCAAUAAGUCAAAAAAGAACCAAUUGGGCAGAUUUUUCUUAACAAUUAUCAACGAAACUAGAAUAUCUGUCCAUUAUAUAAAAUUAUGGAUGUAAAUUUACACAAAGGUUAUGCAAAUACUUAUUUCAGAAUGGAAAUGCACCAAUUGUAUUAUCAUAUUAUAUUAUAUUGUGUAAGUUCAUGACAACCAAUGUACCAAUGCAGAAAUAAAUGUAACUGA